CGCAGUGCUCGGGCCAGAGCUCGAGGCUCUGCUUACCGUCGCCUGAGCUAGGAGACGCCGCGGCCGCCGCUUGGUCGCCUUGGGCUUCGCGUUGCGCCGAGUCUGCCUCCUCUGCCUCCUCUGCCCCACCCGAUCGGCAGCGUCGGCUCCGCCUGGCCCGCGGCCUCGCUGUCCGUGGCGGGGCAGGUAUUUUUGCUGUAGUGAAACCCUGCUCUGCCCUCCGGUUGCUGCUGCUGGCUCCUGACCCUGAGCUCUUGUGGAACCUGGGACUGGGAUGAGAAUAGGGUAGUGAGCUCCAGAUAAGCCAGCCCUACCAGAGACCUCUGUUUUUGGUGGCUGGUGCUCUGAGCCACAGUGCGCAUCAGCAUUUGGAUCUAUGGACCUGCUUUGAACCAUAGAGCCUGCCUAUGGGGGAAGGUGACGCCAUCUGGGCCCCAUCCAUCCUUCCUCACAGCACCCUCAGCACCUUAAGCCACCACCCUGAGCUACACUUUGGAGGAAAGAUGGAAUCUAAGGUCUCAGAAGGUGGCCUGAACGUAACCCUGACCAUCCGCCUGCUGAUGCAUGGAAAGGAAGUUGGAAGCAUCAUUGGGAAGAAAGGAGAAACGGUGAAGAAGAUGCGUGAAGAGAGUGGCGCCAGGAUCAACAUCUCAGAGGGAAACUGCCCGGAGAGAAUCGUCACCAUCACAGGCCCAACCGACGCCAUCUUCAAGGCCUUCGCUAUGAUAGCAUACAAGUUUGAGGAGGACAUCAUUAAUUCCAUGAGCAACAGCCCUGCCACCAGCAAGCCCCCAGUGACAUUGCGACUAGUGGUCCCUGCCAGCCAGUGCGGGUCCCUGAUCGGGAAAGGCGGCUCUAAGAUCAAGGAAAUCCGGGAGUCCACAGGUGCUCAGGUCCAGGUGGCAGGUGACAUGCUGCCCAACUCCACAGAGCGGGCAGUGACUAUCUCAGGGACCCCAGAAGCCAUCAUCCAGUGUGUGAAGCAGAUCUGUGUGGUCAUGCUGGAGUCCCCACCGAAAGGUGCCACCAUUCCCUACCGCCCAAAGCCCGCCUCCACCCCUGUCAUUUUUGCAGGUGGUCAGGCCUACACAAUCCAGGGACAGUACGCCAUCCCCCACCCAGAUCAGUUGACCAAGCUCCACCAGUUGGCCAUGCAGCAAACCCCCUUUCCUCCCCUCGGACAGACCAACCCCGCUUUCCCCGGAGAAAAGCUGCCUUUACACUCCUCCGAAGAAGCUCAAAAUCUGAUGGGCCAGUCGUCAGGUCUGGAUGCCAGCCCCCCGGCCAGCACUCAUGAGCUCACCAUUCCCAAUGAUCUUAUAGGCUGCAUAAUUGGACGCCAGGGCACCAAAAUCAAUGAAAUCCGGCAGAUGUCUGGAGCGCAGAUCAAAAUCGCCAAUGCCACUGAAGGGUCGUCAGAGCGCCAGAUUACCAUCACAGGGACCCCAGCCAACAUCAGCCUUGCCCAGUAUCUCAUCAAUGCUAGGCUGACAUCUGAGGUCACCGGGAUGGGUGCACUCUAACUUACCCAAGAUCCUCCAUUCCACACAUCGGAUGGCUCCAGCCUGCAGCCUCACCAGCCGGCACACUGUACAGACCGCCUGUCCUUCCUUGCAGAUAUGAAUAGAGCGUUUCUUUACAAACAGACGGUAGUGAGUGUCUGCCCACUCAGGCCCUGUGCGCUCCGUGUUAGUGUAGCCUCCACGCAUUGGCAUGAAACUCUUUACUUUAAUGCUCAACGUAUUCCCAAAUGUGAUGUUUCAGAAAUUUAUUCCUCAGUAUUCAUGUGACUGUCUGUUUAAAAGUUGGUUUGAUGCUCUAACAGUACUUCCUAUGUCCUGCUGCCCCUUGUUCUUAGAGACCCUCCUCUCUCAGCUUGUUGACUGACUCAUUCCCCCCCUAGGUUGUACACAGGGAACAUUUGGAAGAGGAGGGACUUGGGGGGUAUCUAAGGAGCAAAGCAGAGUGCCAGAGGGCAGGUGGGACCCUUGCUUUACUGGGAUAUCUCGGGGAGGGGCCACUCAUAGCCCCCAUAUGUCUUCCAAGAUGGCUAAGAACAAGGACUUGCCAGAAAGUUCAUCUCCCCCCAUCAGAGUUCAAUAAAUGUCGUGUUCUUCCCCCGUG